AUGACAGCUAAUGCUGAGAGCAUCAAUCUUACAAAUGAUUCUACCGCCAUCUUUGACGAUAUUGAUAAAAUCCUUGCGCACUACGAUGACACCGGCGGUAGUAAAAACACCUCCAUGGCACAACUUCGCACUCAAAUUGUGUCGAUUUACCAUUAUCAGGACCCCGAUUUCCUCUAUCACUGGUCUGCCGUUGCUCGGGCCGCGAUCAACUUGGACGCUAGAGCGAACAGACCUCGGUAUCCCAUUACUUACAAAUGGCCCGAGAAUCAAGAUCCACAAUGCAUGCCUCCAAUCGUGCUUAGUGAAAAACUUCCUCCUCCAUUGUCGUUGGAUGUCUAUGGGGUUAUCAAAGGGUUUUUCAACAGGCCUAUUGCGCCCUCACCUCCUAGAUUCGAGGACUUGUCUAUGUUCCCUUCCAACCCUGUUACUAAUUCGGGAGAAGGUCCUCCACCCCCUCCUCAGCAAGCACCAGAAGCUUUUUCUGUUGGUGUUUGCACACCAAGUCCAGUGGCUGAAGUUCACCAACCUGUUCCUGGUCCUUCCCUUCUCAACCAAAUUACCUUCUCUAACAGUCCGCGUUUUCGUCAAAGUUCAUCUUAUCCUGUUGCUCGACCCCAACGGCCUGCUCCUCUUCGCUCGUCAAUCAAACAACCCGCGGUUCCCUCCUUACCAAUCUUUCAAAGGAUUGACAAAGGGAAAAGGAAAAGAAACCUUUCGGUUUCUUCCUCCCACUCCUCGUCUCAUCAGUUUUUGCCAGCACCAGCUACCUCUGGACCGCCAGUCUAUUCUGGUUUUCUUUCUUCUGACCCAGCACCAGCUGUAUCUGGAGCACCAGCUAUAUCUGGAAUCCCAGCUUCGUCUGGUCCCAUUACUGGUGCCAUUCUAUCUGCCCCGUAUAUGGAUGACAACAAACAUCUCGUACCUGAGGAAUUCUCUCCAGUUUCUUACCAGGUUAACCAAAUCGCCCUCCUUUACAAAUCCGACAUUAAGAACCACGUCAGCGCAUUCAAUUCCUGUAAAAACCGUCCUGCGAACUGGCAAAACUCGCUCACAAAAGACCUCCUCAAAUAUAACUUCGUCGAUCUUCGCAAGUUCUAUGGUGCUGUGGCUUCUUCGGACCCUCCUCAAAGUCGUCUUCGCAUCAAUGCAGACGGAGACCUCAAAAACGUUGAAGGUUCUGCGCCAAAAGAGAUUACUGACAAUAACCAUUGGCAGAAUCUUCUUGCAGUUCUUAAGCAUGCCUACAUCGCUGCUUUUCCCCCUGCAGCUUUAUCAAUUAAAGCUUAUUUCGACUAUAUCCUCUCUCUUCCAGGUCUUUUUCAAGCAAGAGUCCAUUGGGAGGAUGUGCGUGAUUUCGACGCAGAACUACGCAAAGAAUUUGCUUCCAGACCCAGCCUUGUUUGGGGGGAUUAUGAACAUAAAUCCCUCAAAGGCAUUGAUAAUCGAAUUCUCUAUAGUUCCACGAGCAAACUUGGCCGUGCAGCUAUCCCUUCUUCAAAAUAUACAACAUCUCAGACAGCUCCUCAACCUACUAGACUCGCUAUCGAAGCAGCCCCCUCUCCUCGUCAAUCCACGUCCAGCUCCUCUGCCAAGAAAACUAGAGGUAGACGUGUCAAACCAAAAUACAAGAUUCGAGAUUCCAGCACUUUGCCUAUGGCUGAUCAGCCUUGCAACAAUUGGAACGCUCGUGUUUGUCCCUUCAGUGACGCUGACUGCGACAGAAUACACGGGGUAUGCAACAAAGAUGGAUGUUUUGAAAAUCAUCAGGGAAGCGUCGCUCACAAAUGA